UUUCGUCUGGCACCGAUUUGUUUAACACGAAUGUGCCUAUUGAACAGGAAAUUCAGGUAAAACAGGUGAUAGUGUUACAGUUGUCUCUUUGCCACAAUGGCAAUGGCAGCUGAACAGUCAACUUGUAGCAGAUUACUAGUUGCAGCUAUAGACUUUGGAACCACUUACAGUGGAUAUGCUUUUUCGUUCCGUGACAAGCCAAACGAUAUACACACCAACCCAAACUGGGUAGCUGGUUCUGAGAAAUUGGUGUCAAUGAAAUGUCCCUCUUCGGUUCUGCUAAAACCCGACAGGACGUUUCAUUCGUUUGGAUUUGAGGCUGAAAAUAGGUAUAGUGAUUUGGCGGAGGAUGACAAACACCAUGGCUGGUACCUUUUUCGACACUUUAUGAAACAACAAAUUUGAAACUUGACACUCCCAUAGAAGACAUUUCGGGAAAGAAUAUGCCAGCAAUAGAUAUAUUUGCUCAUUCAAUUUCAUUUCUAAAGGAUCAUCUUUGGAAAACGUUGCAUUCAAGGGUAUGUGAAGUUCUUGAAACUGACAUACAUUAUGUGAUUACAGUUCCCGCCAUUUGGGAUCCAAAGGCGAAGCAAUUCAUGAGAAGGGCAGCUUAUAAGGCCGGAAUUCCUAACGAGCAAAUAUCAUUUGCCCUUGAACCUGAAGCAGCGUCACUUUGGUGUCAGGUUGAAACAGAUGACAAGCUCAGUAGACUCUCAGAGCCAUUAACCAAAUAUAUGGUCGUGGACUUAGGAGGAGGAACAGCCGAUAUAACAGUACAUCAGAAAAUGGGCGAUGGAAGUUUGAAAGAAAUUCAUAAAGCAAGUGGAGGAGCAUGGGGUGGUAAUGAAGUUGAUAAGUGCUACUUACAAUUGCUUGAAAAUAUAGUGCAGGCGGAGGCAAUGGACAAAUUUAAGCGAGAGGAAAUGUCUGACUAUUUUGACCUUCUUAGAGAGUUUGAGACAAAGAAAAGAUCGAUAACGAGAGAUAAUGAAGGGAAAAUAACAAUCAAACUUCCCCAAUCCCUGUGCAGACUCGCCGAGCUAGAUGGGAUAAAAAUGGCUGCAAAAAUAGAACGGUUACACGAUACGACAAAAUAUUGCUGGACUGGAGAUAAAUUGAGAAUUGAAAAGGUUGCCGCAAAAGCCUUAUUUACUCCUCCACUAGAAAAGCUUAUUACCCAUGUUAAAAAGAUGUUCGAACAACCAGAAAUACAAGAUAUUGAGGCUAUACUUCUUGUUGGCGGGUUUAGCGAGUGUGAUCUCGUGACAGAAACAUUCGAACAAAGCUUCCCUGACAAAAGACUCCUUAUUCCAAAGGAUGCAGGUUUAGCUGUACUUAAAGGGGCCGUUCGCUUUGGUCAUCAUUUGUAUGCAUUUAAAACGAGAAUUGCAAGAUUCACUAUUGGAGCAGAAAAAUGGCGUCUGUUUGAAGAAAGUCACGACGACCCAGCUAGAAAAAUUAUAAUGUCUGGCCAGGAAUAUUGUACAUGCAUUUUUAAAAAAAUAAUUGAAAUUGGAGAGGAAAUUCCGGCAGCAAUGACGCAUGUAGAGAAAUCGCAUCCAGCUUGUGCAAGUCAAGUGCAAUCUGAUAUUGUAUUAUUUAGUUCUACAAAUCGUCAUGUUACUUAUACAACAGAUAUGGGAUGUCAAAAAUUGGGAACUUUUACAAUUGAUUUGCCGAAAUCAGAAAGCAUUUCCGAGAAAAAAUAUACGAUUUGUUAUUUUUUUGGCGACACUGAAAUACACGUUCGUGUAAAGAUGAAGAAAACAAAUGAAGAGUUUGAAAAAUGGAUUGACUGCUUCUCGACUGAUGAUUGAUUGAUUUCAGUAUUAUGUAAUAACAUGGUUAAAUAUAUCCAAUACAUGAUAAAACAAUAAAAGCAGAUAUCACAUGUAUAAGAAAUGAAACCACUUCAAAAACAUCAUACCUAGGGUAAUACAACAAAGAGACAUUGGAUGAGGACCAAACAAGAAGUGUUUUUUUUAGUGUAAUGUGAGAUUAUGUGUGUUAUAGGAAAGGCAAAAAUAGAUGCGCUCUCUCUAACAAAACGAGAAGGAAUACCAUCCAGAACAGUGGAUAUGUUUGCACCUUGUUUAUCCAGAUCACACUUAUUUAGACGUCAAUUAAAAGAACAAUUAUUAUGUAAAAUUCUUUUUUGAUAAAUAGAAUGAAGAUACUGUUUAUCAUCAAAUAUUUAGUGCUGGAUGUAGUCUUGCAAUAAGAUUUGAUGUAACAGUUCAGUUAAACGUAUUAAAUUCUUCCGCAACCGUUUGUUUAUCAAAACAAAUUCCAUCACCUAUUUUUACUUAGAAGAUGAAUUACCGUUUUAGAUGCUAGAUCAAUAAUCGGCAUUAUUUUGAUUUUGACAUGUACAAGUCGUUUGUUUAAUUGAUAUAGAGUAACAUUGAUUAACAAAUUAUUUGGUGAUUAAAAAAAACAACAGAAAUAAUAUGCAUAAAGAAAGUACAGAACGGCGAAACUGAAAAUAGUGCAGGCACGUUUGAUUGAGCUUGUUAAUGAGCUUACUUGAAAGUACAAGUUACCGUCCACGCUUCCUAGCAUCGGCUUUAACAGAAUUUACAUUUAACAUAAACUUGAACAUAUUUAAAUUUAGGAACAGAUUAAACCUAAAAAUGAUGAAAUCUUGUUUGGAUCUCGAAGCAUCACAUUAGACAUUACAUAUCAAAGCUUUUAAUUGGCCGUAAACGUAAAAAUAUAAUUAAAACAUAUUUUGAAAUUGUAUCAGACUUAAUGAAAUUUUACCCAUGAAAUAUGGUGCUAUAUCAGCCAAAUAUAUAUCCUGUUUGUGAAAAGAAAACAAACAAAAGAAAACAUAAUUAUAAUAAAUAUGAAAGUGUGCGGAACCAACACUCAUAUUUAUUUUAAGACUACUUUCUCUGUUGCUUUCAGUAGCUUUAGCUAUUCAUUUCAUCUUCGGAAAUUAUAUGGUUAUGUUUCUCAAAACGGUUCAAGAUGGCUG